AUGGCGGUGAAUGUCAUUAUCAAACACCAGGGCACCAAAUACGAUGUCGAGGUGGACCCCUCCGCCACGGGCGCGGAAUUCAAGGAAAUAGUCUACAGCCUGACAGCCGUCGAGCCCGAACGACAGAAGAUCCUCAUCAAGGGCGGUCAGCUGAAGGAUGAUGCGGACAUGGGCAAGCUGGGCCUGAAACCCGGCCAGCAGAUCAUGAUGAUGGGCACUCCUAGCUCCGGCGGCGCAGAACUCGCUCGGCCCAAGGAGAAGAUCAAGUUCAUGGAGGACAUGACCGACGCCGAGAAAGCCCAACAGGUGGGCGCGAUCCCGAGCGGUCUCACCAACCUCGGCAACACCUGCUACCUCAACUCAACCCUGCAAACCCUCCGCGCGAUACCUGAGCUCCAAGAGUCUCUCGUCAAGUACGAAUACAAGAGCCAACCCGGUUCCAGUGCCCUCGGUGUCCUGCCCCAGUUUGACAUCACGACGCAGCUGAAGAACCUUUCCAAGGCCAUGGGUGAGACGCAGGAGGCAUUUGCGCCCUUCGCUUUCAUUCAGGCCCUGCGUCAGGGUUUCCCCCAAUUCGCCGAGAGGUCUCGCACGGGCCAGGGCUAUGCGCAGCAGGAUGCCGAGGAAGCCUGGACCAACAUCCUUUCUCAGGUCCGGAACAGCCUGCAAAUCAAGGGCAAGAACGAUUCUGCCCCCGUUUCGUGGGUCGACCGCUACAUGUCUUUGCAGCUCGAGUCGAAGCUCGAGUGCGACGAAGCCGAGGCCCGGGAGCGAGGCGAGCAACCUGUCGAGGCGACUGACACGUUCCUGAAGCUCAACUGCCACAUCGAUGCUGAGACAAACCACCUGCGGGACGGAAUCUUGGCUGGCUUGAAAGAGAAGAUCGAGAAGAGGUCGGAGGUCCUCGGAAGGGACGUAUCCUAUACCAGGUCGUCCAAGAUCUCAAGAUUGCCCUUGUACCUGACCGUCCAAUUUGUCCGCUUCUUCUGGAGAAGAGACACACAAAAGAAGGCCAAGAUUCUCCGCAAGGUCACCUUUCCCAAGGACCUUGACAUCAUGGAAUUCUGCACGGACUCCUUGAAGGAGAAGCUGAUCCCGGUCAGAGACAGGCUUCGAGAGGUUCAAAAGGACGAGGAGGACAUCACGCGCGCGCGCAAGAGGAGAAAGGCAAACCCUGCAUCUGCGGACGCACCAGUGGAGCCAGCCGAGAUUGGCAAGAAGGACAAGAAGGAAGGCAAGAAGCCUGCUACAGAUUCUGACGGGGACACGUCGAUGGAGACGUACAAGACGGACGCUGAGUGGGAGGAGGAGAAGGCGUCAGCGCUCCGUGAGGCGAAGAAGGAGCUCCUCUCUCUGGUCAACCAGGACCUGGCGAAGGACGAGGGCGCGAAUCAGUCUGGCCUUUACGAACUACGGGCCUUAAUCACUCACCAAGGGUCCAGCGCGGACAGCGGCCACUACACGGCAUAUGUCAAGAAGCCGGGCCCGAAAGACCCCAAGACAGGCAAGGUCGGCGAGGAGGACGGCAACUGGUACUGGUUCAACGACGACAGGGUUUCCGAGGUGCCUGGGGACAAGAUCGAGACGCUUUCUGGAGGCGGAGAGACGCACUCAGCCCUCAUCCUGCUGUACAAGGCCGUCCCGUUGCCUUCUGCGGAGGAGAGCUCGUAG